AUUUAGUACAUCAUUUAGUAAGCUGCACUAUCAAAAGUCGACAUAUUUCUAGUUUCUGGAGAUGGUAUAAAGCCAUACCCGGAAAAGGUUCAGACAGUUUUAGAAUUUCCAGUUCCAAGAACACCAACAGAAAUAAAGUUCUUUUUAGGCUUGAGUGGAUUUCAAUAGUAUUCAAUUUACGCGCCUAUAUACACCGUCGUACAAUGAAGUUCAAUGGCUUGUGUCUUUUAUCCGUGUUGCUAGUUAGUUCUUUGAAUGUCGUUUCGGGACAUAGCUGUCUUAAUUUUGAACCUAUGGAUGGUUUCGAAAUGGAAAAGUUUUAUGGAUCAUGGUACGCCAUUAAAACAACGUUACCAUUUACUCGAUGCUUAGCGUAUGAUUUUUACCCACAGAAAGUAAAAAAAAUUAAACCUAUUACCAAUUACCAAUUUUAUUAUGGAGAAUUGGAAGCCAAUACAAGUUUACCAUCAGACAUGACAUAUUCUGAUUCUAAUCAGGAUUAUUCAAAUCCUGAAGUAAAGAAACCGUCUUUUGUUGUGUUCGACACUAACUAUGAAUCCUAUGCGAGUGUGUUCAUGUGCGUAAAAAUGCCAAAUGGCUCUGGCUUCAAACAUUAUGUAACCAUUUUAUCCAGAUCAAUGGUCUUAGACAAAGAAGUCCUAAAUAAUUUGAUUGUAGAUAUAUUUUCGGUAGCUGUUCUAAAACUCAGUAACGUUGACCACAAGAACUGUAACUAUGGGAGUCUCGUUGAAGAUAGUAAUGAUGAGAAUAUCAUUGACGACGAUGGAAAACCUUACGUUUCGAUUAAAUGGAUAGAAGACCCUACACCAUAAGGAUGUAUUUAAGUUAAUUAAAUACGAAUAAAUUCCAAAGAUUUAUAAUUCAA